AGUAACUUUAAUGUAGUGAUUAAUAUUUUUUUCGUGAAUAGUUUAUUAAUCUAUUAUUAUCCUAAAAAUUAUGUUACUAUAAAAAUUUAAAAGUGGUGAUUCAAAUAAACCGCCAAAUUUGAACUGAUGAUUUCCGUUUUUUUAGCCAAUGAAAGAAUGUAAAUGGCCGUAUCCGGUUCUGUAAAAUUUGUCGGCUUUUCAAUGGAGAUGUUCAUUGUGGUGUCAACAGUUUACUAAACAUUUAUUUCGGGUUAUUUCUCCUAAUUAAUAAUUUCGAAACUUGCUGAUUAUAUCUCUCUUAUAAUAGAGAGAUAUUUAUAUACUUUGGAGUUUUCCUAAUACUAGUGAUAAAAUGCCCUCAGCGGCUAGUGUCAAGAUUGACAAGCAAAUUAGCCCGGAAAAUGCAUUAGCAGAUUCUACCCAAAAUUUAACACCCGUUAGGCAAGCUAUAACUAUUAUUGAACAUAAAAUUAGGAAUUUGGAAAAGAGAAAGUCAAAAUUAGAAUCGUAUCAGGAAUUACAAAAGGCCGGAAAAGAACUGAACGCCGAUCAAAAGACUGCAGUGGCGAAAUUCAACGAAGUGAUUAGCACGUUAGAUUUCGCUAGAGAUUUAUGUAAACAGUUCCUAGGUAUCGCCGUGUCCACCGAAAAGGAAGCGAAAAAGAAUGCGAAAAAAGAGGCGGCCGCGAAAUACCAAGCCGAAUUGGCGAGGCUGAGGGAAAUCUUGCUGGUGCAGGACGCCCUUAACCAAAUGGGAAACGAAAAUGUUAGAGAGGAUUUUUUGCAAGGACGAAACGGAGCUGCUCAAUUAAGUGAAACGGAUCUAAAAUUAUUGGACGACCUUUAUCCCGCCGUGACUCCGAAACAUGAAGCAGGCAACGCUACGGCCUUCAUGAAUGAGGUGCAAGCGGCCGCCGAACAUCUUUUGGCAGCCGUUGACGGCAAACCGAAAGAAGUAUUUGGCGGUACCUACACCCAGAUCAAGGAAAUAUUAGGAAAAAUCCACGAGAGCGGGUAUUUCGAUCAAACGCAGCAGGUGUUUGAGGAAUACGUCGAAGCCGAACUGGUACCCGAACCGGAGCCCGUGGUACCCGAGGAACCGCUAAACAACAGUAACGAAGUUGUCGAGUUAUCGCCGUCGCCCACUCAACAACCUCCGCUGGAAGCGCCUCCGGCGGCGAUACCGACGCACGCUCUACCGCUCAUCGAAACUUUGACAAUAGAAAGCAGAACUACCAUCCACCAACAACCGCCUCCGACGGUGGUGGAACAACAACCACCGCCGCCGCCCGCGUUGGAACAGGGCAUGAAUCCGGAAUCGAACAUUUUUUAUCAGCAACUACCUCAACAGCAUCCGCCUCCGCCGCAACCGCCUGUCCAGCCCCAACCUCCGAGGCCUAUAACGGAGAUGUUGGGCACCGGAAGCUUCUUCUUCUUGCAGGAAUCUGAAAUCGACCCUCCCGAACAAAUAACCACUCAAACAUUCACGAACCAAAACUUCGGCGCGCAUCAGCCCCAUCCCGUUCCUUUGCCGCCGCACUUCGCGUCGAUACCCAACAAUCUGACAGCCGCCAACCAUCAAGUACCCCAGAUGCAGAUCGGCAACAACGGAAUUGACGAAUCGCUCCGAUCCGAGGAGCCCAUCCAGCUGGGCAAAGAAGCCCCGCCAGCGAACAGAGGCCCGCCCCGGCCCGCCGCCGCCAACCAAUCAUACUACCAAAACAACGGCUACAACCGCCCCCGACAAAACCAGAACAGAAGCUCCAGCGGUCCCCGGCCCACCGCCGCUACUAACAGGCAUGCAUAACUAAUGGGGAACGUCAAAUUCAACAUUUUUGGUUAGUGUCCCCCCCCGACCCUCUCCCCGGUAUGCAUGAUAUUAAGUUAUCUAUCGUUCUGUUAUGUAUUUUUUUAUUUAACUUAUAAGUCAAAGUACGAAUUUUUCACUUAUUAUGUUUAACCGUGAAACAUAAAUAACCUCAAAGGAGUGGUCCGAUCGUUCGGUUUUGGCAACGUCGCGUCCGGUGGUUUGCAGCGAUGGUACGUCGGAAAAUAAUAAUCGGGACUUAACCGCUUUUACCGCUUCUCGUUUUUAAUCGUUCUGCCUUGUAGUCAGUAUUUCGCGAAUCCUCGAAUUGUUGGUUUGCAUAAAAAUGCAGCGGUGAACGAAAAAUUUCCUCCCGUUUUCUUUACACUACCUUUAACCAGCAAAACAAUAAUUACUUCCGCAUUUGUACAUACUGUAUUAUAAACAGAAAUUCCAAGCAAAGAAUAAUUUAAAACCGUCAAAAAACCGCCUUAAAACAGAUUUUAAUAUCUCACACUAACGUUACAUUUGUGCCUAACGUUUUAAUAAAAAAAUGUAACUAACUGUAAACUCUUCCAAAGGAGUUAUCUUGAGUUUUGCUGCAAACAUGUAAUAAUUUCUUUAAUGACACAGAAUUUAAUGUGAAGUAUAAUGUAAAGAAAGGAAAAUAUCAGUCAAAAACUGCUUUAAAACAAUAUUUUAUAAUUCACACUAAUGAUAGAACAUUUAAAUGUGGCAUUGUUCCAAACGGUUCAAUAAAAUAAUGAGGCUUACAACACACACUGUUAAAGUGUUACAUUUGUGCCUAAAGUUGUAUUAGAAAAAUUGAUUACAGAAACUUUGCAGCUGCAGUUCCAAAGGAUUUACCCUGAAUUCUUGCUGCAAGAGCAUUUAAAUUCUCACUAAUGAAAAAUAAUGUAAUCAACAUUAGUUGAGAAAGUUUAAUUUUGUAUUACAGCCAUAGAAAAUCAUUUAAAUACACAAACUAAUGAAAAAAUAAGUUGCACAAAUGAACUGUAACCUUUGCUUUAAAGUAUUUAUUCUGAGUCUUGUUUCAAGGAUGUUUAAUAAUGCACACUAAUGAAAAACUAUUUAAAUGUGACAUUUAUUCCAAAAAAUGUAUUCAGAAGUAUAACUUGAUGGAUAAUAAUUAAAAACGUUUUAAAUUUGAGGAAUUUAACAUCUUAAUCUCAGCUACAAUUAAUAAGUCACACUAAUUUAUUCUAUUUAUUUAAUAAAAAAUGGCUUAUACUAGGAACAAUAAUAAUUUACACUAAUUAUAAGCAAGUAUGACACUUAUUCCAAAUUCAAAUGUAUACAGAAACAUUUAAUUAACUUUCACUAAUAAAAAAAGUAUUUUCCUUACGUUUUAGUAAAAAAUGUGGCUUAUACAAACAUUUAAUGAGUCACACUAAUUAAAAACCCUUUAUGUGUGACAAUUAUUCUGACGAAAUUAAUGCCUGCUGUCUAAUGUACAGAAACAUUUAAUAAUUCACUAGUGAAAGAUCAAAAUUUGUUCCAAAGACUUUUCUUUACUGGGAUAAUAAAAAGUUUGUGUGAUAUUUAAUGUCACACUAAUUAAACGAGCAUUCCUAGUGUAACAUUUGUUCCUAUUUUUAUAUAAAGUGACUUACAGAAACAAUUUUAAUGAGAACACUGCACAACUGUAACAUUUGUUAUGAAGAAUUUAAUUUAAAAGUCUAAUGUACAUAAAUAUUUAAUAAGUCACAAUAAUGAACGUAUUUUACACUUUAUUUGGAAAAAAUAAAUACUGUGACAUAAUGAAAAACGUUUGAAGGUUGUGUGAUAGUUAAUAUUUUAAAAUCGCUGCUACAGACAUGUUUAAUAAGUCACACUAACUAAGACAUUCCUAAAGUUUUAAUAAAAAAUGUGGCUUACUGCAAUAUUUAAUAAGUCACACUGUCCAGUGUGACAUUUUAAUAAAAAGAAUUUUUGCUAUUUGAUUAAAUGACUGUUUAGGAUCUAAAUGGAUUAAAUAAAGACACCUAAACUGUCUAAAAUUUGUGUGAAAGCAUAGUUGAUGCUCUAAAACUGUUCGUAUCGAAAAAAAGUUUGUAGAAAACGAGGAAAUUACGAUCACACUCGCUGUGCGUAUUUUAUUUAGGAGUUAACGUAUCAUCGCUGCAAUAUUUAGUCAAUUGAAGGAUGCA